AGCGCUGAUAUAAGUUUCAGUUGCGUGUUGAACGUGAAGGGAGGCGGUCGGCCCGCGAUGCCAUUUAGGUCGAGACCGCUAGCAGAAAUGCUAUCGCGAAGACACAACUUUCGAAUAAUUAAAAAUAAAUUGAUUAGUUAAAACAAAAAUAAGAUGAGAUAAUUUAAUUUGUAUACAACGAGUUUUGUUUAGUUUGUUUUGAAAUCUGUUGACGAAGGUCGCGUGUCCUUCAAUCGAUAAACUAUUAAUUGCGACAGCGUGUGAUUGCUGGCCGGUAGACAACUGGACGCGUGUUUUGGAUAUGUUAUGUUUUCAAUAAGUGCCAAUCUGAAAUAUAGCGUUGUAAUAUUUUAAAGACAGUGUCCACUUUGCCGCCGAAGAGAUUUGUAUAUAAUUUGUAUCUUCAUGGAAUAUGGGCAUCUGUUUAGACACUGAACAAAAUAAUGAUGAGCUGGAGACAACAGGCGGGGUGCAGAGUGGUCGCGACAGCGCGUGGGUUGGCCGAGCCACGCCGCCCGCCGCAUCCUUCCCCAUGCAGAACUCGAGCCACGUCAAGUUCGAACCGCCAAAUGUGCCCGUUAUAUUCGUACUCGGUGGCCCGGGUAGCGGCAAGGUGACACACUGCGAUAACCUGAUGCAGGAGCGGCGCGGCGUCGUGCACAUCAACAUGACCGACCUGCUCCAACAAUACGCCAUCGGCAAUGAUAUGCAAGACUUCGGCACGCUGUCCAGUAAGACGGUGACAGAGGUGCUGAUGCUGGAAAUGAAGAUGGCACCAACUGCGAAAACGUACCUCGUGUCCGGGUACCCGCGCUCCAUGAGGGACGUCGCGGAAUAUUCUGAUAAGAUCCAGACCAUCAACGGCGUGGUGCUGGUGAGUUGGCGGCAGCGAGUCCUCGAACGACAGAUCGAGUAUGGAGCGCGGCUCGGCCACGUAGUGCUGAGCCUCGCCCGGAUGGAGCUCAGCAACUUUUACAAGAACGUCAUGCCCGUCGCCGACUACUUCGACCAGAGCAAUAUGCUGAUAUCGGUAAACGGCGAACGUAAUCCUGAAGAGGUCUACAAAGACUUCCGGGCUGCCGUCCUCCAGAUCCUGGGGAACUUUGAAGAUCAGACAGUUGUCAACGGCGUCAACGGUGUUGGAGUUGGUGCUGAUGGUAUACCUGGCGAGAUAGUGGGAGUGGAGCCGGCGCCGUCUCCGAAGUAUCAAGUGAGAGAAAGGGACAGAGGAGACGCCGUCGCACUACCUAGGGUCCCAGUGGCGCCACCUGUCCAAGAAAACAGGAACGAGAGAAUUGUUACGCCAAAGCCUGAGGUGAUCAGGGUACGAGGUGCGGUCACCCACCCGACCACGGUAUGGGUGGUCGGCGGACCAGGCAGCAACAAAGCGACACUGUGCCAACGCGCCGUCAACCAGCGCCAGGGGUGGACACACUUUAGCCUCGGCCAGCGCCUGCGUACGCUGGCGGACGCUGGCGGUGGUCCGGCGUCGGACGGCGCGCUCGCCCGCUCGGCCGUCAGCGGCGGCGAGCUGGCGCCCAACGACCUGGUGCUGAAGCUCGUCAGGGCGGCCGUCACCGACGCGGCCAGGAGCGGACACGGGCUCGUCCUGGAUGGCUACCCGCGGGACUUGGAGCAGAUGGACAAUUUCCAGAGAGAAUUCCGUGUGUCCCCACGCAUGGUGCUCUUGGACUGUUCCAAGUUGCAGCUGGGGCGUGGCAGGCGUGAUGACUCCGUGGCAGCGUUCAGAAGGCGCCUCGAGGUGUUCCGGGAGCUCAGUCUGCCGAUGCUGAAGAAUUUGGAUCAGCAUCAUAGACUCGUUAUAGUGGACGGUGAUACUGACUCGGAAGACGUGCAGACUGAAUUCACGAGGGUACUGCUUGAAGAGAUGGAGAAGGCUGAGGCGCUGGCAGAGAUCCCACAGUCACCCCCAGAGCCUGUAACCCCUCCACGCACAGAUAUGUCGGCGGUGCAGCAGUUCGCCCACGCGAUGUCCCGCAUGGGCGGCGCGGUGGGCACCGGCGUCCCCAACGGGUACGCGAACGGCGCGCUUCGCAACGGCAGCCUUCAAAAUGGGACCCUGCCCAAUGGGACAGCUAACGGCUUCAUCGGAUCCAACAAGAUAAAACCCAUAAUGAAUAUGAACAAUGUAACAAAAAUACCAACAAUAUCACAAAUGACCCAGGACGAUGUGCGGCGCUUGUACGAACAGAGUUCGGGCGAGGUUACUAUGAACACUCAUAUGUAGUUUGUGGCUUAGUUUAUAAGUGACUAUUAACUAGCGAAUAUAUUGCAAGUGACACUGUGAAAAAUGUAGUUAGUGAAUACGAAAAUGAACAUUAUAACAAUGUAAUUGUAAUCCGUACAUAGAAAUACAUAGGAUGAUAGUACACGACUAAGAGAUAUUGAUACAUAACUAAGAUAAUUUGAUACACAACUAAGAGAGGUCGAUACACAACUAAGGGAGGUUGAUACACAGCUAAGAGAGGUUGGUACACAAAUAAGGGAGUUUGAUACACAACUAAGAGAGGUUGGUACACAACUAAGAGAUGUUGAUACACAACUAAGAGAUGUUGAUACACAAAUACAAAAAUUAGAGAAACUAAAAAGAAUGGCGUCCAUAAUAUUUAUAAAUCACAUAUAAUAUUAUUGUAGUGUUAAUAUUACGUAAAUGAAAUCUGUCAAAUUGAACACACGGUAUGAAAUACCAGCAACGGUCUCUAAGAGACAACAAAGUGCCGAAAUAUCGUUAUAUUUAAUAUAGAUAAGUACUUGUUUAAGUAUCAAUUAAGAAUUUUGAAAAAUUGCGAAAUAUUAGUUAUCGAAUUAUAGAAUUUUAUGUAUAGAUAAUUAAGGUAAGAUAAUGUAAUAUUAAGUUUUAUUUUCUCAUAGAUUUUAAGUGGAUAUUAAGUAUAUUUUUGUUUAUAGUUUAUGUGUACUUGCCUACUGUCGAUUUCAUUUUAUAUGGUAAGUAGAUAGAUACAUAAAAAGAUAAACAAUUUAUUUGUUUGUCACAGAACGCAGACAAUUAUAAUAUUAAUAGAGUGAAAUAACUAAACCUACUUAUCUUGAAUUAAAAAAAAAAUUGGUGUUGAUUCCUUUGUGCCACACGAUAUUGUAUGAAUAUUUUCUAUAGAAAUAUAAAAAAUGUAACUAAAGAAGGUCUAAUCAACUAUAAAAAAAAAUCUUUACAGCGGAAUAAAAUGAGGUCAAUUGAAAGAAAUUUCUUCAAGGGAUCAAUCCGCCUGUGAACAUUUUUGUUAGAACCUGGUAUUUAUAUUAAAAGUGAAUAUACAAAAAGCAUUUAAAUAAAUAAGUUCACUAACGUGACACUUCCGUGGAUUCUAAGGGGUCGCUUUUUUAAAUUAUUUAUUAAAUGAAAAUAAAUUUCUGAUAACCCUACAACCUAUCCGGAGUCUGAAGGGAAGAGGACUAAAUUUUGAGGGCCUUAGGAUCGAUUCUGAAGAGCCUUUAAACUUAUCACUUCAUACUUUUAAUUUUAUAAUUUUUGAAAAUUACUGUUUGAUGGACUAUUUUGAAUUAAAUUUGUAAUAAUUUCAACUCAAAUCUAUUAGAAAUUUAAUUUAUAUUUGUCUUUAGGAUAAAGAUUUAGGUGUGAUAUCAAAUUGAAAUUUUAAUUUGAAAGAUAGGUUUAGAAAAUUGUCGCCUCAGAAUUGUCAUUUCCAAAACAAAGAAUAUGCUCGUUGCUUCUAACCAAUGUAUUUAUUUCUUACGUCACAACUCAAAACACUCAUUUCAGAGACAAUCAAUUGACCUUAAUUUCUCGCUAUGUCUUAUCAACGCCUGUAGAAGUCAUCAAAGUCAUCGUAAGCGGUCAAGUACGGACAUUGAUCAUAGACUUCAAUUGACCUAAUUUCCCAAUUUUUUUCCUAACUGGAUACCAGCAAACUGUCUAUGGUCGAGUCAAUUAUUUAUUUAUUUAUAUUUUCUUUUGAAACAGACUAUAGCUGUAUAUUGUUGAUCUUUAUUAUCUGUAUCUUUGUUUGAAUGGAACAAUAAAGAGUUUUCGUUCAUUCAUUCAUUCCAUACAUUCAGAGAAGCGCAAUGAAGCAUGGUGCAUGUGACAGCUGACAUUUUGACAAUUAUACUAUAAAAAAUUUUUUUGACAAUUUCAACUGACUUCAAAAAAAGAGGUACGCAAUUCGUUUGUAUCUUGUUUUUAUUUAUUGUUUUAUAACUCCGUCAUUUAUAUACCGAUUUGGAAGAUUCUCUUUUUAUCUGAAACGAUACACUUUCAGAUUGGUGUCAUUAAAAUUUUACUAAAAUAGUUUCAGUAAUAUAGUUUUUAAAUACAAAUAACUGGUAUUGUCGGUUUUUUUGUGGAAUCUUCUCUUAAAUUAUACUAUUAUUCUAGUCAUAUUAGGAAAGUUACUUUAUUAAAGUUAAAUCCGAAAUGUACGUAAGUUUAAUAAAUUUUUCACUAUUGAAUCCAUUAUGGUUAAAAAUGGCAUUGUUGUUAUCGUUUCAGUUUUAACCUGUCACCCGCAGUACGCUGUAGUGUUGUCUAGACAUAAAUACCUACAGUUAAUACCGAGAGGAUAUCUAUUUUCAUUAAAUUUUAACAAGUUUAUAAGAAACCGGAAUUAAUACGAUUAUAUAGAUAAACUAUGAUAAUUUACCUGAAUUAUAGUUAAAAUAUGUUACCUCAAUAGAUUGACACAAUUUGUGUGGGUAGAAGAAAAAACUUUUAUCUCGGAAGCGGAGACAUGACAGCGCUACGUCAGUCUACUCGUGACCACGGCCCGUGUAACACGUGGGGUUACUCUUAAAAUAAAUUAUAACAAAUAUUAGAAUUGAGACUUUUUACACUUUCGAAUUGUAACACUAGCGACAUCUGGUAGAUGCAUUUUUUUUAAUUGGUGGAAAUGGAAUGGUAUUCCCGCCUGCGUUAUCAGUAUACGCUGGCGGGACACCAGUGAUAGAUGAUAGGUGAAGAUGAAGGCAGGUCAGUUAGCCCAUCGUGAAGAAAUCAUAAAGGAUUAACCACAAUGGUUUCCAGAAAGAACCGCGUGGAGGUCGACCUGAUAGGGUGUAUUGUUAGCAAUGGGCUUAGGUGCAUAUUAGUGCAACUUGCCAAUGCAAACUAUUGUAAACGAUCUCAAUUUUAACUUAAUUCUUAAUUGUAGUUUCAUGAGUGUUGUACAAAAUUGUAAUUGCGAAUAGAAUGGGUUGUUACCAAUAUUAGAUUCAAGAGUGUGGCUGCUGGUCGAAACGUCAAGGUCAUUAUAUCAACUUUUAACUGUCCACUGAACAUAAGCCUCCCCCUGGGGGGGGCCUUGGCAGUAGCUCCCACGCUUGGCAGGCGGAUUGGCAACCGCAGUUAUGCUUUGGAGAUGAUUUAAGAGGGACGCUGCUGCCCAUCCCUGCUUUUACGACACCCAUGGGAAAGGAAGGGGUGGCCUUUUCUAUGCCGGGACCUAAACGGCUAAUGAUAAUUCAGGUAAAUUGUCAUAGUUUCCCGUCUCUUGUAAACCAUGAAACAUGCAGCGCGAAAAUCUAAAAGUUUUUUAUUAACGAUUUAAUAAAUUAAAGGAAAAUAUUAUAUAACUUUUUUUUUUUAAUAUUUAAAUAUUUAAUGUAAUGUAAAUGGAUGGACCACAUACAAAUUAUGAAUAAGUACCUUUCUAAUUUAUAAAAUUAGAUUUAUUUAUAAAACAAACGCACACAUAUCUUUAAGGAAUUAUUUAAAAUAAAAUAAUUAAAUUAAUUUUUAUUAAAAUAAUAUGUUUAUAUGUAUGUAACUCGAUUAUUAUUAUAUUAAUAAUAAUAUUGCACUGUUGUAAUAAGAAAAUAAAUUAUAUAUUACUUAAUUGUAAUUUUCAUAACCUAAUUUUCUGUAUAAUUUUAUUGUUAUGUAUAUUUAGGUUAAUUAUUAAAUUAUAUCACUGUACUUGAAAAAAAAAAUCUUAGAAAAUAUGUACGUCUGUUAUACAAGUGUUUAUUUGAAAUUUAUAAUUUUAACAUGUUCAUAUAUACAUAUAUAUAUAUAUAUAUGUAUAUAUUAAAAUUUUACAAAAAUUUAAAUGUUUGCACUUUUAUACGCAAUUUUAUUCGUGCCGUCUGUGCGUAUAGAGUAAUUGUCAAUCGAAUUAUAUAUAAUUAUAUUCUCUAUAGAGAACAACAAAUUAGCGUAUCUAGUCAUUAUUAAACUGUCUAAUCUACGAGAUAACACGAAUGUAGAUAGUAAUAAGUACUUUGACCUAUCAGUGAUGUAUGAUUUAUUAUAAUUUGUACUAUUUUUAUAGUACCAUUGGUUAAUAGUACGUUUCACAUCUAGAUGGAGCGUGGGUGUCCAGAAACGUCACGAAAACCUUCAGCCAAAUGUUGACUGAAGUGAAACUCUAAAAGUAUAGUUCUGAUAAUGUAAUAAAUACAUAGGCGUAUUUAAAGGGGGCGAGGGGCGGAUACGAGUGGAGUUUUUAGCAAUUUGCAAAAAAAGUGCACAAUAAGAUAAUGCGUCUUUUUAAGCGGCCAGCUCCCACCCCCUCUCGCUAAAAAAUAAUCUUAAAUACGCCAGUGAAUAGAAAUAAAUAAUAAAAUGAUGGUUUGUAUUAUAAAAUACAUAAUUUAAAAGAUUGGCAUACUACUAUACUACUACAUAAAACACGCCAUUUUUAAAUUGUUGCUGUUUUUGUCAAAAUAUUUGUAAAAAAACGUUCUAUCUAGAUGUAAUUCAUCUAAAAUAAUACAUAAAGCAAUAAUUGUUUGUAUCACAUGCAAUUAACAUUCGUUUUGUUAAUUCAUUCAUUCCUUUUGUAACAGCAUUAUUUUUUUUAUUUCUUUGCAGCUUUUACUGGUUUUCUCUUAAAAGCCAAUUAUGAAAUGAAAGCAAUUCAAAAAUAAUAGUAGAAAAAUAAAAAAAGAAGCUAUCAAAAAGGCUGUGUUGUAUAUUUGAAAUAUUUGUCUUUACAAUUGUAGCUCUCGAAUGUAGAUUUGUUGCGUUUUUAUUUGAUAGUUUCAUCUAGAUAAUUCUAAUCAAUGAUAAUCAGAGCGGAUGUAGUGUGAGUUGCAGAAAUAUUUACGAUACAACUACAUUUAUAACGUUAAAGUCUAUUAAAUUAAUAAAAUAAUGAUUUCGGAAACUUUUGUUUCCAUACAAAGUCAAUACAACUCACACUAAGCACCCAUACUAUAAUCAGCGUGAAAUGAUGAUAUUUAUUUUAAAUUUACGGCUCGGAGAUCUAGUUUAGACUGAAAUGAAUUGUAUGCACCGAGACUCUAGAACCUUGAUUCGUGAAAACAGAUCAUUUAAAUCCGAAUUUUUUUUUUUUACUUGUUCAGCAAUAAGCAAGUACGUAUGUUGUAGAUAUUGUACGUAUAUAGCUAGGUAUGUAUAUCACGUAGUUAUAAUAUCACAAAUCAGGGGCCAAUCUAGAUUAAAGCAUAGACAAAAUAAAUAUUAGAAUAUUGACACUUUUUCACGUUACGUUAACAUGUAAACAACAUGCACCACUUUUAUACGAUAUUAAUUAUUAGUCUGUGAAGAGAUUGUUCUAAAUAUGGCGUUCAAAAUAUGUAUUUAUUUAUUAUAACUUUCCUACGAAACAAGUACAGGUGAAAUGAAUUUUGUUAUUUUAAAUUCGGGGCUGUUAUAAUAAUAAAAUGUUUCAAUAAAUUUAUUUGAUAAAAAUUAUAAAUGUAUACAAAUUUAUAUAAUAUAUUUAUAUAAUAUUUAUAUAUAUAAUAUAAUAUAAUAUUUAUAAAAUGUAAUAAACUUACUUUCACAUAUGUUUUAUCUGCUUAUUACCUAUCUAUGAAAACAAGAUCAGUUUUUUUUUCUCUAUUCGUCUGUACUUGUUUGAUUAUACUGGAAUGACCAAAUUAUAAGUAAAUAAACAUAAAAAAAAAAACACUUAGAUUGAUUAUGUGUUUGUAGAAUUUGUUUACAAUUUUGAAAUAAAGCACAUUAU